GGGUGGUGGGGUAUUCUGCGAUUGAGCUAUAUUGGUAUCAAGUCUUAUAAUGAAAAACAAUAUUUACACACAUACUUGUACGUGUGAGUAUUCACUUCGGCACUCUAUCGCAUUCGAUCUGGUAACUUACUAAUAGGAUUGUCCUUAAUUUCUUUAUAGGGUAACUUCUCUGGCAUUUCCACUGACGACAUACUUCCGGUCAUCCGAGCGAUGGAUAUCAUAAUUACCAUCGCUGGCUUCUUGGGGAAUGGUAUUGUAUGCGUCGUGUUCCUCUCUAAUCCGAGGACAGGGAACAGUGCCACCAAUAAACUCAUUCUGCACCAGUCUACCAUCGAUUUGAUCGGCGUCAUGGUGUUCUUUGCCGCUAGGGUGAUCUUCCAUCCAGCCUAUGUUGAAGUCCCUUCAGAUCCCAUCGCCAGGGUGGUGUACUGUAAGGUCUGGUACACGGAGUAUUUCUUGUGGAGUAUGUACUACACGUCCACCUUCAAUCUAGUUCUGAUCGCCGUCCAGCGUUAUGCUGUGUCAUGCCACGCCGUGUGGUAUGGGAAGUUCCAACUCAGGAGUAUCAACAGAGCCGCUUUUCUGCUGCCGUGGACCCUGGGUUUCGGGUCGCAGACGUACGCAAUCGUUCUGGCCGGGCAUCAUCACCAAGGGAGAAGGAGAGGGCAUAUCGACGAACGGCCAAGCAGGACAACAUCUUGAGGCGGAGCAAGAACGUCGCCAGCACUCUAAUCAUCAUCACCAUCGCCUACGUGGUUUGCUGCAUGCCAUCAGAAACGGAUUACCUUCUCUUCAAUGUGGGGCUAAAUGCCAAUUACGGAAACAUUUUGUACUACGUCUUUUCUAUCUUGAAUUCCCUAAGCAUGGUGGUCAAU